ACCAGUGUAUCUCCUUAGCAACCAGUGUAUGUUCUUCACUGCUGCACUUGAAGCACUUCAACAUGAUUAGGAUAAUUAUACUCCUCUUCAUUGCUGGUUGUAUUUCAUUCUCAACUGCUCAAGAUUGUCCUCUACCAACAAUAGCUGAGAUAGAGACUGUAUUGCCUCCUUUACUAAUCAUUGCUGAUGGUAACCAGAUGUACUCUCCUAAUGUAACUGAAGGAUCAGUUCAAUAUGUCUGUCUAGCCCAAGGGAGCAUGAUUGAUACUUAUGAAGCCAUAGCUCUUAUAGCUAACUUUACUCGUAACCCAGGAGAAACUGAACGAACUAGGAUAUUUGAUAUGGAGUGUAUGAGUGGUACAUGGACUGGAAGGACUGGUAGUUUAGAUCCUCCUCCUGCUAGUGUUGUUGGUGUUCCUCCAAGAACUGAUUGUUAUCGGUGCCGGGAAGGGUUUGGUGGAGAUACUAGAUGUAGAUCAUGUGACAGUGCUUGUAAUUCUGGAUUGAUGAGGUGUACUGGACCAGAUGCUACUGAUUGUUGUUUAGUGUUUAGUAAAGAUGGUGAGUGUGCUCUUGACUGUACAUCAUCUGGUCCUAACUAUUAUGCUGAAGAAACUACUAACUUCACUUGCACUUGUAAUCUAACCUGUCCUGAUGGUUAUACUGUUAAUUCUAAUUGUACUGGCUGUGAUUUCAAUAGCACCUGUGAUAGAGACAGUCCAUGUAUGAAUGGAGGAGAGUGUAUACAGUAUUCACCUCCUGAUAAUUAUACUUGUGAUUGUACUGGCACUGGAUACCAGGGAGACAACUGUACUGUAUCUCCUUGUGAUUCUAAUCCUUGUGAAAAUGGAGCUACUUGCAUGGAUCAAGUAGCUGAUUACACUUGCAAUUGUAUGGAAGGUUACACUGGAAAGAACUGCUCCAUAGACAUAGAUGAUUGUGAUUCUAAUCCUUGUGAAAAUGGAGCUACAUGCAUGGAUCAAGUAGCUGAUUACACUUGCAAUUGUAUGGAAGGUUACACAGGAAAGAACUGCUCCAUAGACAUAGAUGAUUGUGAUUCUAAUCCUUGUGAAAAUGGAGCUACUUGUAACGAUGAAGUAGCUGGUUACACUUGCAAUUGUAUGGAAGGUUACACUGGAAAGAACUGCUCCAUAGACAUAGAUGAUUGUGAUUCUAAUCCUUGUGAAAAUGGAGCUACUUGUAACGAUGAAGUAGCUGGUUAUACUUGUGAUUGUAUCGAUGGUUUCACUGGAGCAAAUUGCUCUGUGAACAUAAACGAUUGUAGUCCUAAUCCUUGUAAAAAUGGAGGUACCUGUAUUGAUGGAGUUGCUGGUUAUUCCUGUGAAUGUCAAGGGUCUUGGGUUGGUGACAACUGCACAAUGUGUUCACUAGAGAGUUGCCUGGUUUGUUCCAGUGCUCCUGACCAGUGCAGCACAUGUAUUGUGGGAUAUCUACUGAGAGACAAUAUCUGCAUAAGAGAUGACUGUAUUAGUGACUGUAACAAUGAGAAUAAUGAAUAUCAGUUUAGACUCUGUCAGUUUUAUUGUUCACUCAAGAGAUGGAGACAAGUAGCACUGAACCAUGGUCUUAAUGUGCCAGCCAUUAAAGAAAGGAAUAAAGAACUAUUGUUUGAAGAACAAUGGAAGGAAGCUUUACAAGAGCAGAGGAAGUUGCAAUAUUUUUGGUUGCAGGAAGCACAAAAAAGAGGAUUAGCAGUCACUGAACAAAUGACAUCAAACACUGAUGAUUUACAAGGAGACUGGUAUGAGAGUAUCAGUGAUGGAAUAGGUUAUCAGCAAAACUGGCAGAAUGAUGCUAGAUCACUGAGACCAUCAGCAACUGUAGGAGACUUUAACAAUAUAGACACCAACCAACCAUCAGGAGGAGCAGAUGCUGAUGAGUUAAGUGCUACAUACAAUGAAUACAUGAGGAAUUGGCAUGAGGACUUAAUGUUUUAUGAGGAAGAGUUUUAAAUCAAAAGAAAUAUAAAGACUUUAACAUGAUAAUAGAGAGAAAGGAUAAAUAUUUCAAUUUUUAUUGCAUAAAAUUACACUUACAUUACAUACACCUUGAAAAUACUUAACAAUAAUAAUGCUAGUUUUAAUAAUAAUAAUAAUAA